CACAUCGCAGCCACGCCGCAGCUCCGCCGCCCCUCUCGACGCGCGGCCCCCACGACGUGUGCGGACGCGACCGGCCGGCCGGUGCGCGCCGCCACCACAGUCACCACACCACCCCCGCGCAGUGUGCCAGUCUGUCCGUUCCGUUCGUCGCUCGUCUGUGCGACCGAGUGUCUGCCGAUCUGUGUGACUGGGUGGCGCUGUGCUCGGCAUACGGCGCACGCCAAGCCCGGCCAAGCCGCAACGCACACCGUAACCUGUGGGUGAGCUGGCUCACUGUCGCGAGGGAAGCCCACAUUCCGCCCGCGUUCAAGCAGAAGCAGUGCCCCGCGGUGGAGCCUGUGGAGCCAGUAGAGCCAGUGGACCUUACGGUCGGAACGAAGCCCUCGAACGAACGCUGCGAGGUGUCCGUGCGUCCGUGCGAGCACAGGUGCAGCAGCAGUGCUAGCAGUACGAGCAGCAGGUGCAGUGCAACAAAGUAGCCAUCGAGUGCGUCAGUGCGUCGCCCCCGAAGCGGCCCGGCGACCCGCCGGCACCCGGCACCACCAAAGUCGUUGCGCCGGCCGCCGGCCUGCCGCCUCCCAGGUGCUUCCAGGCUUUGGUUGCCUCGGCAGGCGCAGCUAGGCGCAGCCACUGCAGCACAACCUCAGCCCAGAUGGGCCACUGCACGACGUCGACCCGCUGAGCGCAGCACCGCGGCACCGCCAUGGCGACCUCGCUGACGGGCGUGGGUGUGCUGUGGGCGUGCCUGUCGCUCACGGCCGCGCUGCUCUCCUGCAGCGGCUACUACAUCCCCUGCUGGAUCAAGGGCCGGCUGCUGGACAGGGUGGACGCGUACUUCGGCAGCUUCCGGCGCUGCACCUACCCGCAGGUCUCGGCGGGCGAGAUCCGGAUCGUCGAGGAGUGCGGCAGAUACUCGAGGUUCUGGGACAUCCCCAGCCCCUGGUGGCAGGCCACCACGGUGCUGGUCGGCCUGGGCGCGGGGCUGAGCCUCAUGGUGGCCGUCUGGGCGGUGGCCUCCUGCUGCAUCAACCACGUGGUGCACAAGGGGUCGGCCCGCAUGCUCGGCUCGGCGCAGCUCCUCGCAGCGUCGCUGACCUGCGCCGGCAUGGCCGCGUACCCGAUGGGCUGGGACAACAGAGAAGUCCGGGAAAGUUGCGGCGCCGAGGCUGAAGCGUAUCGGUUAGGGAGCUGCGAGCUGUCGUGGUCGGUCUACCUGCUGGCGGGGGCCGUGCUGCUGCUGCUGCUCUGCUUCGGGCUCAGCUUCUGCUCCUCCAACGUGCGGCCGCCGACUUCCUUUCGUAUCUGAGUGUACAGCGCCGGCAUGCUCCCGGUCGCCCUCUAGUGGCCCCGGCCGAGGGCCCCGCCGAAGGCCCGGCCGGGGACGAGGUGUCGGCGCUAGCGUGUGGAUCUCCAUGGACGCGCUCGACUGCCCGCUGUGACGCGGCCCAGCCAGCCCUGCCAGCCCGGGACGGCUCGAGCCCCAAUCAGCCCGGGGAUCCGGCCGGCUUCCGAGCCGCUGCGGCAGCCUGCGGUGGACCGGAGUGACGGAGUGACAGAGUGACACCCCCGAGAAAGCGCGUCACUCGCGGACGGUCCCCUUCGGUCCCCCGGGCCUGCCGUGUUCCGCGAGAGUGCCGCGCCGAUGUACGCGCAGCCCGCGGCUCGAGCGCGCAGGCCCAGCAGGCCCAGCGUUCAGUCUGAGCGGAGAGUCCUCCGAGGAAGGCGUGCGACGGUGCAGUGCAUGGCGAAUCGAAAAACAAAAACAAGACGAAACAGUGUUCUACGGAGGGGUUGCACGCACGGUGCAACUACCCGUCGACUGUCACAAGAACAGAUGGAACAAAAACGCCUAAAAAAAUGAAACUGAGGAUGUUUUUUCUCUUCGACGCAAAAUUGGAAGAUCGCCCCGCCGCUCGGCCUUGCAAAGUGGAGCUAUGCCGGUGAAUUCAUUGGACGAUUGUUGUUAUAAAAGUUGUUAUGGACAAUAUUAUUUAUGAUGCUGACGUCAGUCGGCUUAUUUUUAUCCAGUGCCCAGCAGCUGGCUUAACAGAGUGUUUAUUGUAGUGUAUUCGGAGUUGGCUCAUGUGUUAUACGUCAGAAAUCGACUUCCGGACUCAUCUUGUCGGAGUGAUUUCAGGGUAUACGUCUUCGAGGGAUUAGUGUUACAGUAGGAAAUUAAAUCAUCCCCAUGUUUCCGGUGUGAAUGUUGGCCUAAUCCUUUCAUUGUUUUCAUUCUGUUAUGUAAAUUGUUUCCUAGGGCGCUGUGAAUGUUUCGUAGGAUGGGGUAAAUGUGACUCAAGUAAUGUUACAAGUUGAUGUGCCGCGUGUUGUGAGCACUCAACAAUCUCUUGUGUAUUAUUAUGUCUCGUUGCACUAUUCGUUGGUGUUGUCUAGCCUUUGUCCAAAGUCUAUUCAGUCUUUUCCUGCGUCUUCUUGCAUGUAUACCAUGAACUUUUCUGUGCCUGUCUUCCCUAUGGUCUGAACCACUGCCCCGCAAAAGUGCUGCCUAGCUGGCCAAAAGCAUAAUACCUGUAAACUAUGUGACUCUGCUGCAUUCCUAGCACACCUUGUCGUCAAAGAAAGCAAUGAAUGAAAGCCAUCGCUGCUGCUCCCCUUUUGUACUUUUCCAUGAACGGCGUUCAUAUUGUAAGACAAUGGAUGAAAUUAACUCACCAAUGCUGUGUAAUAAAGGGAGAUGUUUGUAAGCGUGAACCCGUUCCUUGGCGGCCCACGGUGGCGCUACUCUCCUCACCUAACCUCGCCCCGCCCCGCCCCGCCCCACCCGGGACGGACAAAGAGUUUGGGGCGUUCUUAUCUCGCAACGGCUCCCCCGGGCCAGACUCCUCAUCGCCUCCUUUCAGCCUCGCAGCCGACACAAGCUUUGUUUUUCUCCCCUUU